UUCAAAUAACAGGCCUAUAUGCUGAGGAAACGCACAUGUAUCUAAUUAUUUUCAGUUGGCGUUAACUAAGGCGAAUAUAAAUCCCGUUCGUUCACGGAGCUCCUCGGCAUAGUUUAUGUUCAGCUCCCAGCCUACUCUCCGCCCCCGCGAGCAGACGCAGAUCUCUCGCUGUCUCUCUGUCUGCUGUAGUCCUCAGAGCAGCGCGUGUGUCGCCUCGCGUCAGGAGCGUCAGGAUCAGGAUCAGGAUGGUGGCGAAGGGUUACCCCCUUUACCUGCUGAUCAAACGCGCGAGCGGCCGCGGGGACGAGUCACAGGAGCCCAGCAGCAAGCGUGUGAAGCCUCUGUCUCGGGUCACGUCUCUGGCGAGUCUCAUCCCUCCAGUAAAAGCUGCUCCGCUCAAACGCAUCGGACAGACGCUGCAGCGCUCCAUCAGCUUCCGCAGUGACUGCAGGCCGGAGAUCAUGGCUCCGCGGCCGUGGGCCAAGCAGAUCGCACCAGCCAUCACCAAACGCCGCGACAGCAAGCUGUGGAGCGAGACUUUCGACCUGGGCCUGGGACAUAUGCUGUCCUCCACAGAGAUCAAGAGACAAGAGGCCAUCUUUGAGCUGUCUCAGGGAGAACAGGACCUGAUUGAGGACUUGAAGCUGGCCAAGAAGGCGUAUCGUGACCCCAUGCUGAAGCUGUCCAUUAUGACCGAGCAUGAACUCAAUCAGAUCUUUGGCACGCUGGACUCCCUCAUUCCACUGCAUGAAGAUUUGCUGAGUCGACUCCGAGAGGCCAGAAAGCCGGACGGUUCGACUGAUCACGUGGGCCAUAUUCUAGUAGACUGGCUCCCUUGUCUUGAAACCUACAACAGUUACUGCAGUAACCAGGUGGCAGCCAAAGCACUGCUGGACCAUAAGAAGCAGGACCAUCGGGUGCACGACUUCCUCCAGCGCUGUCUGGAGUCGCCCUUCAGCCGCAAACUGGACCUCUGGAGCUUCCUGGACAUCCCACGCAGUCGCCUGGUCAAAUACCCGCUGCUGCUGCGAGAGAUCCUCAAACACACGCCGAACGACCACCCCGACCGCCAGCACCUCCAUCAUGCUAUGAACAUGAUCCAGAGCAUCGUGGCGGAUAUUAACACUCAGACGGGCGAGUCGGAGUGCCGUUACUAUAAAGAGCGCUUGCUGUAUGUGGAAAGCGGUCAGAGAGAUCUGCUGAUCGACAGCUCGCGGAUCCUCAGCUGCCACGGAGAGCUCAAGAACAACAGAGGAGCCAAGCUGCAUGUGUUCCUGUUUCAGGACGUGUUGGUGGUCACCCGGGCCGUCACCCAGAAUGAGCAGCUGUGCUAUCAGCUUCACCGGCAGCCCAUCCCCGUCAGAGAUCUGGAGUGGGAAGACCUGCAGGACGGAGAGAUGCGCCUCGGAGGAUCCAUCAGAGGAGCCUUCAGCAACAGCGAGCGCACCAAGAACUUUUUCCGGGUGGCGUUUCGCAGCGGAGGACAGCUGCAGACGCACUGCUUCCAGGCCAGCGAUGCCUUCAAUAAACAGCAGUGGCUCAACUGCAUUCGACAGGCCAAAGAAGCUGUGAACCCACAGACAGCAGCUCGGUGCUCAGACUGCAGUGCUGACGCUAGCGCCGAGUGCCCACAGAUGGACCCGACAGACCUAACCCUCACGCCUGUGAAAACAUGAGCCAUCCUGUUCAGUAUUGUGUUGCAGAAAAGGAAGCACUUCUCGGAGACUGACGCUGCUGUCCAUGGUUCUGUGUUAUUCUGUGCCUUGCUUGUUCGUGGCAAUCGUUCAGAAACUGAGCAUCUGGGUCCACCGUUUCACUUUAAUCUCGCUGUCUGCAACUGAAAUGCACUGCUGUCUGCGCAAGAAAACAGUCACGUCGGUGUAAAAGGUGAAAUAUUGUUCCACGUUCGUUCCGUAUAAUCACUAAUAAAAAAUGACCAGUCGAAUGUUUUCACGAGUAAAGGGCGAUCACAGUAUUUCGUGCUGUCA